CACUGUAGUCCGCGUACCCUUUAUUUGACCCCGCCGCACAGUUUUUGGAUCAUCUACACGGACACUAUCCAAACCGACAUCAGCCUUACUAUCGCUCCGUCGCAACUAGCACGAAAUAUAUUUCAUUUUUUGCUGCCGACCAAACUCUGUCACCAUGAUGAUGAUCUCGAAGCCGACGACAAUGGUGGUCUGCCUGAAGGGCGCCGCCGCCGGUCAACAGCAAAACCGUAACAUGGCUACUCUAAAACAAAUUUCGAUGCGCUUAAAAUCUGUCACAAAUAUCCAGAAAAUCACGCAGUCCAUGAAGAUGGUGUCCGCCGCUAAAUACGCGAGAGCUGAACGUGAACUACGUCAAGCCCGUCCGUACGGCGAAGGCGUUAAGGCAUUUUUUGAAAAGUCUGGUGCCACUGAAGCAGUUGAAGGUGGUGACAACAACAAAUUAAUUGUCGCUAUUACUUCUGAUCGUGGUCUUUGUGGCGCAGUCCACACUAACGUUGCUAAAACCAUUCGUAACGAAUUAGGUGCAGAGUCCGUAGAUUCUCCUCAAUCAAAAGUGUUCUGUGUGGGUGAUAAGUCUCGUGCACUUCUGCAGAGACUGUAUGCUCAAAAUAUUGCUAUUGUGGCUAAUGAAGUUGGUCGCAAACCACCCACAUUUUUGGAUGCAUCUAAAGUUGCUAAUGAAUUGAUACAGUUGGAUUUCAACAGUGGAAAAAUUGUUUACAACCGAUUCAAAACUGUUGUGUCUUAUCAAACUGAAGAAGUACCAUUGUUGAGUGCUAAAACUAUGUUAGCUGCACCAAAGUUACAGUUGUACGACAGUAUUGAUCAAGGUGUUAUGGAAUCAUACCAAGAAUUUACAGUUGCUGCUUUAUUAUACUACACAAUGAAAGAGUCUGCUUGCAGUGAACAAUCAUCAAGGAUGACAGCUAUGGACAAUGCUAGCAAGAACGCAGCUGAAAUGAUUGGCAAGCUGACUUUGACAUUCAAUCGUACUAGACAGGCUGUGAUCACCAGAGAGUUGAUUGAAAUCAUUUCUGGAGCAGCAGCGUUAGAAUAAUUGUUUUUUUAUAAAUAUCAUUAUACUAUAGAGUUGAAGGACAACAAUAAAAGAAAUGGAAUUCCAUACGUUUGAAAAAUAAAAAAAAUAAUUUAAACAAUAAAAUCAGUGGUAUUUAUCGAUUAGAA